CCUUCGCCUUAUAUAUAGUGUGAUAUUUCCUUCAUUUUACAUCAGCCACAAACCUAGUUCACAAAAAUGGCUGUGCCUCUUCUCACAAAGAAGAUCAUCAAGAAGAGGGUCAAGAAGUUUAAGAGGCCCCAGAGCGAUCGCAAGAUCUGCGUUAAGGAAAACUGGCGCAGACCCAAGGGUAUUGAUUCUCGUGUUAGGAGAAAGUUCAAAGGAUGUACUUUGAUGCCAAACAUUGGUUACGGUUCUGACAAGAAGACCCGUCAUUAUCUUCCAAAUGGUUUCAAGAAAUUCCUUGUUCACAAUGUUAGUGAUUUGGAACUUCUCAUGAUGCACAACAGGACAUACUGUGCUGAGAUUGCUCACAAUAUAUCCACAAGUAAGAGAAAGGAAAUAGUUGAGAGAGCUGCCCAACUUGAUGUUGUUGUUACAAACAAAACCGCCAGAUUAAGAAGUCAGGAGGAUGAAUAGUUUGAAUGUUUUGGUUUUUGUAAUGAAUUGGCAUUUACAAUGUAUUAUUUUUUUGCCUUAAAUACAAUAUAAUUAACUUGUUAUGUUGUUGAGUUUUGUUUUGUUUUGACAUAUUUCUCUUUUA